AUGUAUUGGGAAGAUGCCCACAUCAUCUUCAGAGUUCAAUAUGGAAUGUGUUCGUGGUACUCGCAGCAGAUCCAUGAUGUCAAAAGCCCAGAGCAUUCACUCAUUGAAUCUUUGGAAAUGGUCGAGUCAUGGAUGAGUCAUCAGUCUCUCCAGGCCCUUGCUGAAUCGUGGAGUGCUCAAACUUGGGCCGAUGUUGAGCGGUUUGUGCCUGACCAGGAGGCCUUCAUUGCCAGAGUGAAUACCUAUGCUCUUGGAUGCUUGAUGAAUCGUUGCGCAACGCUUUCCAAGUUCUCAGCUCCACCUGAGACAUGGGUUGGGCUUCUAGAUCCCCAGCAAGCACAGGUGACAAGAAUGCGGCUCUUGAAGGAGUAUCGUUGGUUUCAAUCCUUGCGGUGCAGCAUGGCUCCUUUUGCAGCAGAGCUUGCCAGUGACAUUGAGACGGUCUUCGAUUUGCCUUGUCGUCAUUUGUGUCAUUUGUGUCAUUUGUGUCAUUUUGACUUUGGAGCAGCGCAAGAGCUGGCCAAGCUGCUGAUUGGUGGCUUUGCGGAUUCAAAAGUGGUUGAGGACAUUCACCAAGCAUGCAGGGUGGCCACGAACCCAGGCAGCAACAAGAAGCUCUCUGGAGCUACGUUGCAGCUUGUUUGCCAAUUCUCUGAGGUUUUGGACAAGAGAGGGAUCGUCCAUCCAGCUGCCGUAACCCGUGAAGAAUUCUUGGACAAGUGGCCUGAUGCCAGAGAUGAUUUCAACUGCCGCCAGGAAUUCAAAUCAUCCAGCCAUAGUCUACCAGCUCGCUACUCAGAGAUUCUGACGAAGAAGAUGUGGCGCACUGUCAGUGAGGAUUGGCUUCGAACCUCAUACGGGGCAUGGCAAUGGAUGAUUCAAUACUGCGGGCAAAGGCUUGCUGACCAAGGUGUUCGCCUGGAGGAUGGUCUUCUGAACCGCCUUGCUUUUCAAGGGCAAGUGCUUGAAGUCAAUUUUGUCUAUCUACUCAUUUUGGGCAAUUUGAAGUGGCAAGCCCUUGCUUGGCCGUUGAAGCUUGUGGACGCUGCUGAUGAUGAUUAUCGCAUGAUGCGAUGGGUUUUGGAUUCGUCGUCAAGUUGUCAAUGGCUGCAAUGCUCUCUGAACAUGCCAGCUUUUCAAACAAAGCUAGUCUGGAGCAAUGAGUUUGGCAUCCACUGGCAACAGGUUGGGCCUCCUGAAACAUUUGCGCAGAAUUGCUUGCGGCGCUCCAAUGGCCUGACAUUCACAGAUCUUUGCUUGAUGGGGAGGCAUCUUUUUGGCUCCGAAAUCAAAGAGAAGUCUAGGAAGGACAUCCUUUUGAAGCUGGCGUUGCAUUUCGGAGAUGACUUUGCAGAGCUGGUCUUGGAGUGCGACUCUAAGACGACAAAGAAGUCAUCAUCUGAUCCAGAUCAAGCAGCUUUGGUAAAAGCUGUGUUUGACCACUUGGACGCGGAUGAGCAGAAGGAGUUUCGCUCUGUCAAGGAGAAUGUCUACAGGGAGGAGAAAACUCAGAAGCAAUUGAAGUGGCGCAAAUUGCUCAACGAAAAAAUGGAGGAGCAAGCAGAAGCAAGCGAUGCUGUGAAGAUGGAAGACGAAGAGGAUUUGGAGGAAGAAGUGAAGCAAACGAAACUGAACGUGCUGAAGCAGCAGCUGAACUUGCUGAGGAAGCAGCUCCUCCUGCUGAACUUGCCGAAGAAGCAGCUCCUGCUGCUGAAGUUGCUGAAGGAGCUUCUCCUUCUGAAGUUGCUGAAGCAGCUCCUCCUGCUGAACUUGCUGAAGCAGCAGCUCCUCCUGCUGAACUUGCCGAAGAAGCAGCUCCUGCUGCUGAAGUUGCUGAAGGAGCUUCUCCUGCUGAAGUUGCUGAAGGAGCUCCUCCUGCUGAACUUGCUGAAGCAGCAGCUCCUGCUGCUGAACUUGCUGAAGCAGCAGCUCCUGCUGCUGAACUUGCACCCCCGGCUCAACCGGCUGAGCCAGCUCGGCCAGCGCCUGUGCCUGGCAGAGAUGUCGGGCCUCGAGUGCACUCAACACCUGCCCUCCUCAGAAGCAUUGAGCCCAACAGUUGGUUCAAGUUGCCCAAGUGCAGCUUCAGAAGAUGACGAUCAAGAGAAAUGGCUGGAUGACAAGCUCCAACAGAUUUCUUCGUUAGAUUUCUAUGAUUUCUUGGCCUUCAGCAAAUUCAAUAGGCGUGUCGACUGGCCAGAAGGACUGCAUCAUGUCAAGUCCACAUGUCAAGACUUUCUUGAUUUUGACCAAGAGAAUGGCGGCAGGGCCUCGAAAGUGUGGCCUUCAUUUUUGUGUGAAGCAUAUCCUUUUUUGCGCGGCGCAACAUCGUGCUUGGAGAUGAUGGUGCUGGUUGCUGAAAGGUUUCUUUUCAAUUUGGUCAAUUUCAAUGAAUUGGAUCAAUUGGAAUUUGUUGAGUUUUGUGCUGGCCGAGCCCAUCUCAGUCGAGAGAUGCUGCGUCAAGGAUUUCACCAAGGAGCUUCUGUGGACAUUCUUUUUCAUCCCCACCAUGACAUGUUGAGUUCCAAGGGGCUGAGGACUUGGUUUGACAUGGUAGUGGCUUCUCGGCGAAAGUCGUUACACUGGUUUGCUACCAGAUGCUCGAGCUUCGUCCCGCUCUGUAUCUCUCAAAGCAUGAGAUAUGAGGAGAAUUCAUUCUACGGGGAUAGAAGCAGGCCAUGGGUGGAGCAGGGCAACCUUCAACAGGAAGUAACUGCAAUGAUGAUGUUCUUCAGUUUCCUCUUGGAUUGCAUUCCGGUGUUGGAGCAACCCACAGGGAGUGUGCUUCCAAAACUACCAUCCCUUCGUAAUGUUUUGUGGUUCUUCGACUUCAAGAAGACAGUGACCUACAUGGGAAGCUUUGCUGGCCCAACAAGCAAGCCUCUCCAGAUCUGGCAUCCGUCUUCAGGGCCUGGCUCCCUAUUUGCAGCCAUCGCCAGGCCAAGGCCAGAUGGCUUGGACAAUUUGGCUUCCAGUGGCCAGAGCUGGGAUGGAAGCCACACUUACACUGGCAAUAAGGAGAUGCUCAUCGAAAGCGAGCACUACACGCCAGAGUUUGGCGCUUGUGUCGCCCAAAUCUACGAGCAGAUUCGAGCUUCGUGA